CCGGCGGCGGCGGCGGCGGCGGUGGUCUGUUUUACAGUCGGCGGAGACUUCAGUAAAUGAACCGGGAGUGAGUGCACGCAGAGCUGCAGACAGGACGGUGUUCUCAAGAGGAGAGAAUUACACAUAGCAGAGCUGCAGACAGGACGGUGUUUGUCAAAGAGGACAGAAUCACACACCGCAGACACACCGGACAAAGUCCCAAGAGAGUCCGGUAAGGUUACAUCCUCGUGCGUCGCACCGGCAGAUAAGAUAACAUUUAGGGUGCAGGGUAAGAGGAAGAGGGACUCGUAUGUCAGAGUUUUAGGAUGGCCAGUGAAGGCUCAACUCUUCCCAGCCCAGUGGUCCGUCAGAUCGACAAGCAGUUCCUGAUCUGCAGCAUAUGUCUGGACCGCUACGAGAACCCCAAAGUCCUGCCCUGCCUACACACCUUCUGUGAGAGGUGCCUUCAGAAUUACAUCCCGGCCCACAGCCUCACACUGUCCUGCCCCGUGUGCCGCCAGACCUCCAUCCUGCCGGAGAAAGGUGUGGCGGCGUUGCAGAAUAACUUCUUCAUCACCAACCUGAUGGACGUGCUGCAGCGGGCGCCGGACAGCUGCAGCCAGGAGGCCGCCGCCCUCAACAACAUCACAACUGUGGCUGCAGGACAACUGCUGUCCUGCCCCAACCAUGGAGGCAACGUCAUGGAGUUUUACUGUCCUCCAUGUGAGACGGCCAUGUGUCAGGAGUGUACGAGCGGAGAACACGGAGAACACCCAACUGUGCCUCUGAAAGAUGUAGUGGAACAACACAAGGCCUCAUUACAGGACCAGCUCGAUGCUGUUAAGAAGAGGUUGCCAGAGAUCGACUCAGCGUUGCAGACGCUGUCAGAGAUCCUGCAGCAGCUGACCAAUCAAAAGAGCUCCAUUGAGGAUGGCAUCCACACAACCUUUGAUGAGCUGCAGAAGACUCUCAAUGUGCGCAAGAGUGUUUUACUCAUGGAGCUGGAAGUCAACUAUGGCCUCAAGCAGAAGGUGCUCCAGGCCCAGCUGGACAGCCUGCUGCAGGGUCAGGACGGCAUCAACAGCAGCUGUAACUUCACGGAGCAGGCUCUGAGCCACGGCAGCGAGGCCGAGGUGCUGCUGGUAAAGAAACAGAUGAGUGAACGUCUCAUGGAGCUCGCUAGCCAGGAGCUUCCUCUGCAGCCCGGAGAGAACGACCAGCUGGACUUCAACGUGGAGACGGAGGGACUCAAAAAGUCCAUCCACAACCUGGGCACUAUUGUGACAACUAACGCCGUGGCCUCUGAGACUAUAGCUACAGGUGAAGGGCUGCGACAUUGUGUGGUAGGAGUACCCACCUCCAUCACCAUAACCACUAAAGACAAAGACAGAGAGCUGUGCAAGAUGGGAAACGCAGUCAUCAGGGCGGAAAUCUCUUCACCUGACGGGAGCAAAGGUGAAGGAGAGAUUCUGGACAAUAAGAAUGGCACUUAUGAGUUUCUGUUCACUGCACCAAAAGAGGGGACUUUUCAUUUAUCACUGCGGUUAUACGACCAACAUAUCAAAGGAAGCCCAUUUAAGGUGAAGGCCACCAAGUCCAUAGAUGUGUCCCCGACUUCAGACGGCAUGAAGAAGAGGCUGAAGUCUCCAGGAAGUGGUCACAUCAAGCAGAAGGCCAUAAAGAGGCCGGCCAGUAUGUACAGCAGUGGGAGGAGGAAAGAGAACCCCAUCGAGGACGACCUCAUAUUCAGGAUCGGGACAAAAGGCCGAAACAAAGGAGAGUUCACAAACCUGCAGGGAGUGGCUGCCUCCGCUUUGGGAAAGGUUCUGAUAGCAGACAGCAACAACCAGUGCGUCCAGAUUUUCUCAAACGAUGGUUUGUUCAAAAGCCGGUUCGGGGUCCGAGGCAGAACACCGGGUCAACUGCAGCGGCCAACGGGCGUGGCCGUCCACCCAAACGGUGACAUCAUCAUCGCUGACUACGAUAACAAAUGGGUCAGCAUCUUCUCAAGUGAAGGCAAGUUUAAGAACAAGAUCGGCUCGGGGAAGCUGAUGGGUCCUAAAGGUGUGUCAGUGGACAAAAACGGACACGUCAUCGUGGUGGACAACAAGGCCUGUUGCGUCUUCAUCUUUCAGGUCAACGGCAAGCUUGUCACCAAAUUUGGUAACCGUGGCAACGGCGACAGGCAGUUUGCAGGUACACUCAAUGGUCCUCACUUUGCUGCUGUCAACAACAACAAUGAAAUCAUAGUGACAGAUUUCCACAACCACUCAGUCAAAGUGUUCAACACAGAAGGGGAAUUCCUGCUGAAGUUUGGUUCUAACGGUGAGGGUAACGGGCAGUUCAACGCUCCCACAGGAGUGGCAGUGGAUGUCAAUGGAAACAUCAUAGUGGCAGACUGGGGCAACAGCAGGAUACAGGUGUUUGAUGGCAGCGGUUCAUUCCUGUCCUACAUCAACACCUCAGCAGACCCGCUGUACGGCCCGCAGGGACUGGCUCUGACCUCGGACGGACACGUUGUGGUUGCAGAUUCUGGCAACCACUGCUUCAAAGUUUACCGCUACCUGCAGUAGCCCAUCUUACUCAGUGUACAGUGUAUAUAUCUACUCACAUGGACUUGUUAGUGUCGGGCGACCGGCAAAUUUGCUCUCAUCCGCUCACCCGUUUCUUCCUUGUUGUCGUCGUGCCAUCUGUCUGACUGUUCUCCAUGUGUUUGUCCGUGGCAUCACCUCUGACACUGGACAAACAAGAGAGAGUUAUUUGUGGUUUGAAUAAAACAAGAGGAUCUCUGACUUUCACAGACAGCUGAUGCUGAUUGGUGCUUUGAGGAGACACUCGUUACUUUCCUUAAGUUUCAUCUUAACUACACAGUUUCUAAGAAUCAUACUUCAACAAUUGUACAUAUGUUUGACUUUAGAUGUGUUGUGGGAUGGGUGUAAAGAUGGAACUUGUUCAUUAAAAUACAGGUAUGACACUGUGUUACAUGAGACUGAUAUUAAAGUAAAGAAGCAACUUAGUCACAUCAAUGAUGAAGGAAAUCAAUUUCUAUUUCCAGUAACUGCAGCUUUUAAGAGUUUUCACAUUAAGCCUGUUCACGUUGAAAUAACACUGUAGGUAGCAGGGUAACAUAAGGCAUGAUUGUGCAUCUCUGUGCAUGCUGUUUACACUUAUAUACACCAGAAAAGCUAGUGUCCACUAUAAAAAUCUACUUCUGGCUGAUAAGAAACAACAGCAUUAGAGCAUAAGAAACUUUGAAUCAACGCACUUAUUUGAAUAAUACUUCUACCUGUAUGUGGAAAAAAUAACUAUUGGAUGUUAUAUGUCAUCACUGAAAAGUAGCCAACAGGUGUUUAUUAAAGUGUGCUGAUAACUUCUGCUUAAUUGGUUUUACAAAUAACACAUAAUGUGAUUGUGUGUGUUUGUGGUGAUCAACUGAUGUACCAAACAAAAGCCAUUUGAUACGUUGACUUACAAUCUGCAGUGUGUGUUUCUGUGAAUGUAUGAAGUGUGUUUGGGUGUUAUGUGAAUGAAGCCUCUUAAUUUACAAUCUGCUGUGAUUACUGUGCAACCAUCCUAGAAUUUAAAUAAUGAGCUGCAAUGCUUUUCUUCUGUGGAGCAGAACUGUCAUCAACGUCACUCCACUAUGUGCACCUUUCCUUAAAUAAAAGAAUCUGUAGAACUACUAACUUAAAAAAGAGAAUAGUCUAUUUUAAAGUAAACUGAUGCAACUGUAUCUCAUUAGUUGAGCUGCGUGUUUAAAAAAAAAAAAAAAAAAAAAAAAAU